AUGAACAUCGGCACAGCUGAGGCUGCCGUCGCUCCUGACAGGGAGAAGGAUGAGCCAAAAGAUGGACCACUCCUGCUACUCAGUGCGAAGAAACCAGAGUCGCCUAGUACUCAACAUUACGAAGAAGUGAUACGUAGCAAGUAACCAGACUGGAGUACUACUAUGAUGCUAAUGCUAUGUGAUGGUAUCAGAUAGAGAACUCAAUUUUCUUAUUUUCUACGGUCCUAUGCAGCAGCAUGCAGCUCUGAUAGAUAUUGUCACGAACAAUUAUGCCCAAAUUGUGUCCUAUAAUCUAUUUCUAUCGUAUGAAGCUGUAGGUUCUUCCAUGUUUGAUGCUUUUCUAAUCUUGGCCAUCGGUGGCGAAGGCUGAUGCACAGGAAGCAGACGACUUCUUCUUAGUCGAUGAGACGGAUCAUGUGGAGUUAUGUGCGAGACAACAUCCUUUUGUUUCUAUCUUCCUAUUCCACCUAGAAGUACUUAGCAUCUUCAUAUCGAAUCCUUUCCCUCGAAUUUCUUCCUCUGGUCUUUCUUUUUUCUAGUUAGGUCGGCUCCGCCACAAGUUAUGAUACAGGUGGAAAUGGGGGAUUAGCAGUCGUCCUGCUCUCGAUUUACCAUACGACCUCUUGAAUCUUCAGGCAGCAUGUACUGAAUACAUGCGGAUGGAAGAUCUGAACUGAAAAUAUAAUAUAUUUUGAUUUUCAUUCUCAGCCAAUGCGUAUUUCGAGGCCGCUGUGGAGGAGGAAAUGUGGGACAGCAUGGCCACGGAAUAUCUGACACGGCUCAAAACAAAAAUUAUGACAUUAAUAUUGAAUGAAUUAGGUUCUUUUUGUUACCACAACGAAACAGAAGACCUCCAGUUGUUACUAAACGAAGUAGAUGACUGCUAGUUCAAAUGAUACUUUCUACGUAGACUUAACGUUGCUAAGAACCCAACCUGCUUCUCUAAGAAAGGCUUGCGUCAUGAGGAGGUGAAAAGGCAGCUGAAGAAGCGGUAUGAGCGGAUGCGGCAACAGGGGAUGGAAAAUUUUCGGAAUAUUAGGACAGCACUCAACAUUAAUUUUAAUUUUGUUUUCCUUACAAACAUGGCAUUUGGUCCUCCUCUGUCAGCCUCAGCAGCACCUGUUCGUGUUCUGUUUAGAAUGCAUAGUUAUGUUCUUGCUCUCGUCUUCGCCUAUCUCUAUCAUCUCUGGUGUACUGAGUCUGAGAUGUUCGUCCUACUUGUUUUUGUUUCGUCAGUGGUAGAGAGUGACCACCAGAGACGCAUGACAAUGAUGAUGCUUUUGUUUGUAUGAAUGUAAAUGUUUUUGUUGUUACCACUCCACCAUGUAGUGCCUGAGGUAACAUGACAUGACAUUAUAUGAAUGAAGUGUAAAUGUUUUGGAUUUGGUUAUAUAUACUUCUUGCUAGUCUAUCAUUCGAUCCCCUUGCUCUUCUUCUUCUGAGAAGGUAUAAGUCGGCUGAAAGGCGUCAAUAACGUUAGUCAAGACGCAAAACGAGGCAUGACGACGUGACAUGGCUCUAAUAAGCAUGCGCCCCUGUACAGAGAAGCGACUGAGAGGAUCAGUCGGGAGAUCCGCGAAGCACGUGCGCGAGCUAACGCACAAUCAACCACACUCGUUUCCUCGGCUCUUUCGACAGCAAGUGGAAGUUUAUGAUCUUGACUUAAAUGAUUAAAGAUGAUCGUGGAAGCUUAUGAUCGAUUAAAGAGAAUCGAUCGUAGUAGUAUAAUUCGUGUCAGUAUCUAUGCAGGUAGUAGUCUGAUGAAGAUGGCCGCUAAGUGCACUUGCGUGGGCGGGAAGAAAUAUCAUAAGUACAGAUAUCUCUAUGCACGUAUCUCUCUUGUAGCGAUGACUUGUUCAGCAACAAGUCUCUUUGGUUCUUCGAAGAAUGAUCUACCUCAAUUUCAGUCUCUCGUUGUCGUCCUCUCUUCUUGUAGUCCUCGUCAGAUCCACCUCACCUUCAUUUUUACCUACUGGUACCGCAGCAUCCUACCUUGGCAACGCCGUUGGUCAGGCAUUCGGCGGGGUCGGUGCCGUUGGCCAGGCCCUGAGCUCUGGCUGGGCUGAUCCGCGAAGUUUCACUGCCCAACUGACCUCGUCUGCGGCAGUUCAAAAGCUAGUGGCAAAUGCUAGAGAUCGAAAAUGCGCACCGCCAUCAAUGCCCGCGCCGUUCUCCUGAUUGGUCAUACACUACUGCAUGCAGAAGUUCUUGUUGACAGAAGAGGUUAUACACUACUGCCUGUUGUAGAAGUUGUUCUUGACAGAAAAAGUUAUAAUACCCUACCAUGGUAGAGUGCAUGAGAACAUGUGAUUGGGUGAUGAGUUACUCAAAAAGUAAUCCUGCUAAAGUUGAUGUAAGUAGCUAAAAACAAGAUGAUGAUUUUUGUACGAGAACACAUGAAGACUCAGACAGUAGUUGUACAACUAGUUUUUAUGAAGCAGUAGCAGCCAUUAAGAAGUUGUUUCAAUGGAAGAUCUUGUUUUUGCAAAUUGAGUCUAGUACUAGCAGCAGAUCUUGAUGAGAAGAGAAAGAAGCAACAAAGAACACUCAAUAGAUCGCUAUAUCGUGGUCGUACUACUAGCUUGCCGCCGCGUCCUUUUUAUUUUUUGAUAUUACUUAGCGUUCGCCGUGUCUUACCCAAAAAUAUUAUUCGUAUAGCCUCUAGUUAUCGUGUCUGGUGUCGUGUCCUGUAAAUCUUAAUAUACUUACUCAUCAUAGCUCCACGACCUCCUCCAUUUGAAGUUCCACUUCCAUUCCACAUAAUCAUGUUGUGUCUGUCGAUAUUAUUCAUUUGAAAGUUCUAGUUCAUCCAAUUCCAAAUAUUAAUUUUGGGGUUCUUGGACCACUGCGAUCUGGUGCGGGAGUACCGCUACGUUUAUACGAGAUGACAGUAAAUGAUGUGAAAUUGACUUAAAAAUGAGUGAGGAUGUGCUACAUCUUAUACAACAAUUUCUUGUGGUGAAACCCAACGAAGCCACUGCUUCUUCAUGUUAAUGUGUGUGGAAAGAAGUCCACCCAAAAAUUUAUUCGCCUUUUUGGGAAGGUGUAGGUCCCGCGAUGCUCAAAGCGCACAAAAUAAAUUAGCCG